UGGGAGACGGGCGAGGAAGUCAGAGAGAGCGACGGGGGAGAGACGCCGGCGGAAGGCACAGAGGUUGAAGGGUGCUGCGGUACGUACCCUUCCGAGUAUCCACCUUCCCUCCUGGUUCGCUACCUUAAUAAGGUACCUUACCUAUGGAAGGUGCCCAGGUAGGUCGCUCGGUAUCCACCUCCUCCGCCAUGGAACUCUCAACUCACGCGUUGCCGUCCUGCCGCAUCCGCACCCGCGCCCCGGCCGCGCCUCCGUCCUCAAUCGGCCCACGUCUCAUCUCAUCUCACUUGAGAUCCAAGCAUCCAAAUAAGCUCCUGCCAAACGCGCAUUCCACGCAACACGCACACAAGUCAAGACAAGCUGUCAAUCUGUCAAUCUUUUUCUUUCGCCGAGUUUGUUGUUUUUCCCUUUCCAUCUCUCUCCUGCUGUGCCUCUCAAGAUGGCUCAAGCCCCCCCUCCACCCACCGUCAUCGCCCAAAAACAAUCCUUCCUCGCCACCCAGGCUCGUCUGCUCUCCCAACCCCUGCAACCCUCUCGUGCCUGGCUCGCCGCCAACGAGGCCGCCGAGUCCACCAUUCCGGACCCCGUCGUCGAGCACGUCGCCGCCCGCCUCAACACGACCUUGCUGCAGCACUCGCGACGCGCCUUCUCUCACCAAGCGAGCCGUCAUGUCGCAGAGCAGAUUGACGCGUUGUACUUAUCUCAACUAUCGGCCGCACAGAAUGACUCCUCCGAGGGUCUUUCCCUCUCUUUGGACCUGUCCGAAGAGACUGCCGUAAGGUCGCUUCCCUUGGCAUGGCCAGCUGAGCGUGAUGCAACUACCUUUCCCAUGGAAGUCAAAAGGUAUGCUGAACUCGCUAGCCGCUUGAAAGAGCUCGCCAAGCAGAGGCAGCAGGCCAGAGCCCGUGUUGAGCAGCUACGGCGCAUGAAGGCACUACUCGACCCCUUCCGCACCGAAGAUGCCGGUGCGGGCGUGCAGGAGAAUCUCGUCACCCGCGAUGGCGAGAUUGAAAAGGAGAUGGAGAAGAUGCGUGUCCUGCUGGCUCGUGUGGGUGGUCGUGUAGGACUUCUGCCCGAGUCCGCCGAGUCUGCAGAUCUGCUCAGAGAGAACAAUUCCUUGAUCAUAGAGCCUGUAGCGACAGGAGAGAAGCGCAAACUCGACGAUCUUCUCGGCAGCUUCUGACGGGCUACACAGAGAGGUCCAAAUGAACAUCGAGAGAGUGCCUGUGGAGAAGUAACGGUAGU